CAGCUGAUGAAAAGUGAUUAAGACGCGAAAAAGGAUUGCAGUUUCAAAAAUUGUAUAUUAAGCGUAAAUUUUACGAAAUUUUCAUCAAAUUCUCUUAAGUACUUGGCGCUUUUAGAUGAAUUGCACAAAGUUGAUAAAAAGUGAUAAAACAUAAAAAUUUUGCAUAACUAAAGAGUAAUUAUAAACAAACUAUCUAAAAUGAGUUUUCAUAGUUGGCUAUUACGGCGUGAAAAUGGUCUCCUACGUAGUCAAGCUGAUCAAGACUUUAUCAUGCCACAAGUUUACCAAUCUAUGCGUCCUUUAUAUCAGUGGAAUGACAAAUAUAGCAAACCUAAUAGCGAAACAUUAAAUGUUGGUGGCGUGUUCAAUAUGGAGUUCUCUCCGGAAGGGGGCUUGUUGGUUGCUGCUUGUGAAAGAAAGGCUAUAGUAUUGUUUGAUGUAGUCAGCAGACAGACCACUCAACGAAUAAUGGACGCGCAUACGUCAAACGUAAACUGCAUCAGAUUCCUUAAUAGUCGGCACUUCGCAACUUGCUCAGAUGAUACUACAGUUGCUUUAUGGGAUUUGCGAUUCUUAAAAACUAAAAUGCGCAGCCUCCAAGGACACUCAAAUUGGGUGAAAAGUAUAGAGUACUCGAAAAAGGAUAACUUGCUAGUAACAUCAGCGUUUGAUGGAAGUAUAUUUACAUGGGAUAUAAAUUCAUAUACUGAACAAGGACUUAUAUACCAAAAAGUUUUUCAUACAAGUGGCUUAAUGAGAUGUCGGAUAACCCCUGAUGGCUCAAAACUUGUAUUGUGUACAACAGGCGGCUAUAUAAUGACCAUACAUGAUUUAGACUUAACAACUUUACACAAAGAUUUGUGUGGUUUUCGACCAAUUAUAUAUAGACUAAUGCAAAUGGGAAAACAGUAUAUACCUCAAGCAGCCAAAUUCGAUCACGUGUUUUCUAAAAAACAGAAAAAGAAUAGAGUGGAACUUGUUACAGAUUUCCCAAAAGAUAAUGAUGCUGAAGUUAUACUCGCUUUAGAGGUCCAUCCCAAGGGACACUGUUUCCUUAGUCGAAAUAUAAGUUAUGAUGGUCUUACGGAAUGGUUGACAGUGCAUGAUAUGGAAGAGGAGUCAGAUGAUGUAACUGAGAGCAUAAAGAAACGAACUAAUGACAUUAAUAAACGAAAACGGAAGCGUGAACCUGAUACAGAUAAAGAUGAUAAUGAAACUGAAUCAAGUCAAACUGCAGCUGGAAGAAGUGAAACAAACGAUGAUGUAGUUUUUAGUAUUAACCGUAGAACACGCGGUAAUAGAUUACCAACUCAGUCCCGUGGGUCAGAAGAUUCACCGGCAGUCAUGCCCUUUGACCAGUUUAUAGCUCGUAAUGCAGGUACACCAUCGGGAAGUGCUGGUGCUGGUAAUGCAGAUAAUAGUUCGAACAGUAAUAAUAAUGCAGCAAAUACAUUUGUCCCAGAUAUUUGGGCGGCCGAGGUAACUAUGCAAGAUCGUGCUUCACGACAGAACCGAGAUAGAGAAACCAACUCGACGAAUGUCUACAACUUUGUUUAUGCUAUUAGCAGCGGAGUGUUGCCUGCUGGUGGAUUAAACAGUGCAUCGUCAUCAACACUGCCUAUGUCUAGAAAUUCGGGAUUUCGAUUUAUUCGAGGAUUUGAAACACGCGAAAGCAGUGAUGAUAGUGGUUCUUCAAGUGAUGAAUCGACUCCUCGCAUUAAUUCGUCAAAUGUAGCUCAUCACCUACCAACCGAAAUAUCACCAGCAACUCCAAGAGCAUCUGGUAACCAGUCUGAAGGAAAAAUCUUCCAAAACCCCAAAAAGUUGACAUACUAUAUUAAGGAAUUGAACAAGGAAAAAACAUUCAUAAAGGAACCUUGCUUUUCAUCUGAUGGUCGUAUUAUUUGCUCACCAUAUGCAACAGGGGUACGACUACUCGGAUUCUCUAAAGAUUGCUCAGUUUAUCCACAUCACAGCAAUUACUCCAGUUCAAAAAGACAGGCUCAGCCAUUGUCAGAGAUUAAGAUAAUUCGAGCUCAUUCUGAUAUAGUUUUGAGUACAAGAUUUAGUCCCCGUGAACCACUACUGGUCGCAGGUUGUCGUAGUGGUAAAAUAGUUUGGUACCAACCAAAUCUGUGAACCGUGAAAUAAAACAUAAACAAUAAAAUGUAAAAUAAAAAUAUAACAAAUUAAAAUGAGGUGAUUCGUAUUAA